AAAGUUCAAAAUAUAUAACACAAGUUUACAUGUAGGCCUAUGUGUACCUUAAUGACAUGAGCAAUUUUAUGAGUGUAUAUGAAGUUAACUUUGUGUAUAGUCGAGCAUCAAGAUGAGUGCAAGUAAAGAUUUAGAGAGUAUCUUAAAAAGAUCUUUUCUGAAUCUCGAGAUAAUAGACAACAACAUAUAUAGAAGUACAAGCUUAUGGCGGCCAUCACUAUUAUCACAUGAAACUGGUGUAUAUGGAGGACAGUUAGUAGGUCAAGCCCUGGCAGCAGCAAGUAAAACCAUACCAGAUACACAACAUGCCCAUAGUCUACACUGUUACUAUAUUAAUAAAGGCUCAUCCAAUAAACCAAUUUUAUAUCACAUAGAAAAAACUCGAGAUGGUAAUACUUAUUCUAGUCGUAAUGUCAAGGCCAUACAGAAUGGGCAGCCAUUGUUAACAAUGCAGACAAGUUUUAAAUGUGAAGAAACGGACGAAUUCUGUCAUCAAUUUACGAUGCCCAUUGUGGAGAAACAACCCGAAGAAACUCUGAAUGUUGAAGAAUUAUAUCAACUUGCUGUACAAAAUGGAUAUGGUACAGAAAAGGAGAGGAGGAUGUUACAGUCAUUAACAGAUCACGAAUUCCCUUUUGAUGUUCGCCCUCUACAUCCAUAUGACCUUCUCGAACGUGGAUCUCAAAUUGAGGAACCAAAACGAAAGUACUGGAUAAAGGCUAAUGGACAUUUAGGUGAAGACAGUAUAAUACAUCAAUGUGCUGCAGCAUUUUUAACAGACUAUUUAUUUGUUGAUGUAGCAACUUUGUGUAGCACAGAUAUCAGCUUACAGGUUGUCUCCCUUGAUCACUCUGUCUGGUUUCAUAACACAUUCCAUGCCAAUGAUUGGUUACUUUAUGAAAUGGAGAGUCCACAAAGAGGAAAUGGUACUGCAUUAGCUACAGGGAGGUUGUGGACUAGAGAUGGUGUUUUAGCUAUGUCAGUAGCACAAGAAGGAAUUAUCAGAAAAUUCUCAAAAUUAUAAACUUCUUUGACCUCUUUGAUUUAGAUAAAAAUGAAAUUGUUGA